UGGGACCUGGAGAGACAUUGAACUUCUGGGCUCUGACUCUGCUGACUCUAUCUGGGGUCCUGGGUGGUCAGUGGGCUGUAUUGGUUCCAGAAAACGAAAUCUGUGCUGUGAGAGGAUCUACUUUGGUCAUUCCCUGUACAUAUGAUUAUCCAGGGGGAAACCAAGUGAAUACAACAAUGUGGUGUUUCAGUCAUAACAAAGAUAGUUUAUGUACUGAGCCACCAUAUGUUUGUCACAGUGAAAAUAAACAUUUAAGCUCUGUGUACAAAGACAGAGCAGAGUGUUUUGGGGAUGAAGAGAAGAACUGCACUCUGAAGAUAAAGAAUAUUAGACACACUGAUAGUGGACUAUAUAAAUUUAGAUUUACCACUAAUAUGGACAGUUGGUGUGGUCAGCCUGGAGUGAAUCUUCAAGUUGCUGAAUUGAGAGUGGUGAUGAUGUCAUCUCCAGUAAAUGGACCAAUCAGAGAAGGAUAUUCAAUUAAACUCAUCUGUGAAACAGACAGGUGCUCUCUCAACCGAUCAAAGUUCAUAUGGUUUAAGGACAAACAGCGCCUUCCAGAGACACACUCAACACUACACUUCAAUCCUGUGUCUCUCAAUCACACUGGAAACUACUCCUGUGCUCUACAAAAGAACAAAAAUGUUCUUGCUAUGGACUUUAGCCUGGAUAUUAAUGCUAAUAUAAUACCAUCUUCUGAAAUUUCUGUUGUUCAACUGAUGAUGUUAAGUGUGAUUCUGCUGGUUCUCAUCGUUGUGGGUCUUGUCAUAAUCAUUUACAUCAAGAGGAAGAAGGAUCAUUCGCUGACCAUGGAACGUGACCGAAAAGAUGAUGUACAGGAAGCUUCUAGGCACUCCAGCAAUGACACCUAUGUGUCUCUGGAUGUGAAGUGUAGAUUAUCUGAUUAUGAUACCCUGAUGGGAGUGAAGAGUGCAGCCAGGCACACAAACACUGAGCUCCAAACAUCAACUGAAUCUCCAAUAUAUGAAAACACAAAGACGAUGAUGAGAAAAUGAAUAGAUUGUUGAUGACAUCUGGCAUUCAAUAGUUUGCAUGUACAACAAAUAGAUUUAAUUAACAUAUUGUUUAAUUAAAAUUUUAAAGAACAAAGAUGUAUAUUUGCAAAACAUAAAUGCAGCGAUAUAGUUGAACACAUUAAAUCUGACCUUACAAUUUUAGAUUUACUUUUUGUCCCCCUACUUCCAGUAUGUUUUAGACUAAACUCUGUUUUUACAAUUAACACAAAACAUUACUGGUGUGAAACAACCUCAAUGUCAGGCCUCAGCUUCUUCCAUGUAACUUUAACUUGUACUUAGCAUGUAGCUAUGGAUCAUGAGGCAGAUCACAUGAAUAAGAAAGUGCCAGUGCUACCUGCUGUGCCACUGUGUAGCCAAAGAUUAUUUUUUAAAAAUUUUCUUAAA